AUGUCGGAUAUUGGGGAUGGCCAGCAUAAGCGGUCCAAGUCGGCCGCCCUCUCCCUCCUCCGACGCAAGGACAAGGAUAAUCGUAAUGAUGACGAUGCUAUCUCUGAAGAUGGAUCGCAAACCUCCGGGCUUGCUUCACUUCCUAUCACGAGUACCUCCGCUCCCGCCGUUCCUCUAUCCCACCAAGCUUCAGUCAAGAGUCAUAGUCAAAAGAUGUCAGUUAGUCGGAUUCCCUCCCGCGAGCCCGCCUCUUUAAACCCGAAUCGGUACAGCCUCUCCGUGGCCGACAAGGGUUCGUCGCUUGAACAAUCCGUUCGUAAAUUCCGUAUCGUCGAGGCUUUACGGAGCGGAAAUACAGCUGCAAUAUCCAAGGCUGUUAGAGAAACAUCAGAAUCCGGGCCUCGCGCGAGUACAUCUUCUAUUAGUGGAGCGAAUGCUGGACCCCUGGAUGAUACGACUGUUCUACACCUUGCCAUCCAGUGCGCCGAAUUCGACGUUGUAGAAUACGUACUCUCCGAUGGCGCUGGAUACAUCGAUGUGAACGCUCGGGACAAAGAUGGAAAUACGCCAUUACAUGUGGCUGCUACUCAGGGGCGUGCCCCGGUAGUCCGGUUACUGCUGGAGCAGAAGGAUAUCAACGAUGCCGUUGCAAACAACCAGGGAAAGCUCCCUUUAGAUGUCGCAAGAAAUCCUGAUAUCUUCCAGCAGCUGCAGCUCGCGAGGACCUUAUUCGUGCAAGACAAAGUUAAGCAAGUCCAGGAGCUCGUGCAAACAGGAGCCUAUGAUACUCUUGGUCAGGUUCUAGAGGAACCCCGUGUCAAGACAAUCCUAGACAUCAAUAGUAUCGAGUUACCUUGUGACCCCGUGACCGUUCAGGCGGGCGGGACAUUGCUUCAUGAGGCUGCCCGCAAGAGAAACACACAGUUGAUCCAAGCUCUUCUCCUUCACGGCGCUGACCCAUUUCAACGGGAUCGCAAAGGCAAACUUCCUCAGCAGGUUACCAACGAUGAUAUUACAAAGGCAAUGCUUAAGCGAUCACCUGCUGCGGUAGCUGCUCAACGUGGUAUUCAGGAGAAGGCGGUACUCGGACAUGCGACUUCGCAAGGUGGUCCUGGACCAGCUGUCACAGGGGACCCUCUAGCUGGACGCGAACCACAAAUGAAGGGUUACCUCAAGAAGUGGACCAACUAUCGUAAAGGUUACCAGCUGCGUUGGUUCGUUCUCGAAAAUGGUGUCCUGAGUUAUUAUAAGCACCAGGAUGACGCAGAAAAUGCUUGUCGAGGAGCCAUUAGUAUGCGCAUCGCCAAGUUAUAUAUGAGCCCCGAGGAAAAGACGAAGUUCGAGAUCAUCGGGAAGUCAUCAGUAAAGUAUACUCUGAAGGCCAAUCACGAAGUCGAAGCCAAACGAUGGUUCUGGGCUCUGAAUAAUGCGAUUCAGUGGAUGAAGGACCAAGCAAAGCAGGAAGAACGACAGAAGGCACAAGGUGCUGAAAUGCUACGGCAGGCUCGAGACAGCCUUUACAAACCAGCGGAACCUUCUAUUACCGAUUCUCAUAGCGAAGUGGCAAGCACAGGUGAACCUAGGAAUAGUGUACAGUUAUCCCGCUUUUCUUCAAUAGGGAAGGGAGUUGGCUCGCGGGCUGGAAUAUCUCAUGCUAGUACCACGGGCAGCGUGGAUGACGAAUUUGUUGACACUGGUAGCCCCGAGAUUAAGGGACAAAGUAACGGAGCGCCCACAAUCCCCGGCGAGGUCGACGACGACGACGACGACGAAUACAUAGAUCAGUCAAGCCGUGCUGAAGCCCCGACGGCGACCAAGGACGCUUUUAAUAUUACUGCACAGUCAGCAAGGCUCCAGCUAGACACGCUAGCAUCUGUGAGCGCAGCGUUACAGGCGGAAGCGAAUCGGAACCCAUCACUAUCACUUGCGGAUCCUAAAGCAGCGCAAGCGCUUGCGACGUACGACGCAGCGAUCCGAAGUCUAAAGGGCCUUAUGGGGGACCUUCUUAGAAUAUCGAAGGAUCGUGACGCACAUUGGCAAUAUCGCUUAGAGCAAGAAAUUGAGAUGCGGCAAAUGUGGGAAGAGAGUAUGGCUAAGGUAGCCGCAGAACAAGAAGUCCUAGAAGCAAGAGUCAGCGAAGCCGAAACGAAGCGAAAGUUAGCUAAACGGGCACUUCGCGAAGUCAUGGGAAACACUGGCGAAUCUAGGCCAAUUACUAGAGAUAGUUUUCAUGCCGUGCAUACUGAUGUGUCCGGUACUAACGAGGGUGAGAUACCUGACCCAUUACAAUCACCGUCGUUGAAGAGCAUAGGGCGCAAAUCAACCUUACACUCUCAUGCCAUCGAACUCUCCAGCGACUCGGAAUCCGAGCAGGAAGAAUUCUUCGAUGCUGUAGAUGCAGGAGAAGUCGAUGUAGAACCGAUGCCGCCGUCUGACGUUGUGCCGUCCGCUGAUUCCGGACAGGACGUCGUAAUAUCAGGGAUAGACGUCAGCAGCGCAUUUAAAGGUUAUGAGAAUGGCUUCAGGACAAAACUAAAAUUGGAUGAAGACAACCGACCGAGGAUUGGUCUAUGGGGUAUCUUGAAGUCUAUGAUCGGUAAGGAUAUGACGAAGAUGACGCUGCCGGUAUCGUUCAACGAGCCAACUUCUCUGCUAUAUCGAACUGGUGAAGAUAUGGAGUAUGCAGACCUAUUAGAUAUGGCAGCAGAUCGAUCAGACUCGAUCGAACGCAUGCUGUACGUCGCUGCCUUUGCGUCGAGUGAAUUCGCGUCGACUAUUGGUCGUGUCGCGAAACCAUUCAACCCGCUUUUAGGUGAGACAUUUGAGUAUGCGAGACCUGAUAGAGGUUACCGCUUCUUUAUCGAGCAAGUCAGCCACCAUCCACCUAUCGGCGCAGCGUAUGCGGAAUCUGCAAAGUGGAGUUACUGGGGCGAGGCCAAAGUCGACUCUAGAUUCUUGGGCAAGUCGUUCGAUAUUUAUCAUCUCGGUACCUGGUUCCUGAGAUUACGCCCUACUGCUGGAGGCAAAGAGGAUUUCUUCACGUGGAAGAAGCCCAAGUCGCAAGUAGUAGGUAUCAUUACCGGUAACCCAGUCGUAGACAACUAUGGUCUUGUGGAAAUCAAGAAUUGGACGACCGGAGAGACGUGCUUGCUAGAUUUCAAGCAGCGAGGUUGGAAGGCAUCCAGCGCCUACCAGCUUUCUGGAAAGAUUUUGGACGCCGACGGACGGCCGCGUAUGAGCUUGGGUGGCCGUUGGAAUUCCAAGCUCUACGCCCGCCUUACGCCUGGCUUUGAGGCUACCGUUGAAGAGCCAAAAGAUACACGAGGAAGUAUCAGCGAUCCCAGCCGAGCUUUCAUGGUAUGGGAGGCCAAUCCUCGGCCUGAAGGUAUCCCAUUCAAUCUUACACCAUUUGUACUCACCUUCAACCACAUAGACGACAAUCUCAAGCAAUGGAUUGCCCCCACCGAUUCCAGGUACCGUCCGGAUCAGAGAGCGAUGGAAGACGGUGAAUAUGAUUUCGCGGCGUCCGAAAAGAACCGGCUCGAAGAGGCGCAGCGAGCUAGGCGGAAGACGAGGCAACAACACGGCGAGGAAUUCACUCCUGCGUGGUUUGAGAAGACGACAUGUGAAAUCACGGGUGUAGAGCACUGGAAAUUUACUGGAAAGUACUGGGCACAACGAGAGAAGUUCGGUAAUGGGGAUCCUCACGCAUGGGAUGGCUUAGAGCCGAUCUACUCGUCUGAAGAGCAGGAGUAA